AUAAAUGUGCCUAUUAUGCCAGCAUAAUUCUCACCAAAAAAAUGUACCUAUUAUGCUCAAAAUUAUGCUAGCAUAAUCUACCAACCCCUCCCUAAUUGCAUUUCUAUAUCAUAUGCAAUGUGAAUUAACCGUUGCUAGGAUUAAUUGCCAGGAAAAGCACGAAAAAGCGAAAUUCGGCGAGUGCAUAACUCCAAUCCGUUACGUCAUUCACAUGUACCUUUUUUACAAUGUUUUUUUGCUGUUAGUUUACACUAUUUGAUACAGUCAUGCAUUUGGGGGAAUAUUUGUGUGACAUUGUGGUAUCCUUACGACAUGGAACUAACAUUAAGAUAAAGACUGUACUGUAAACCUGUGAUUCUGUAAAAUAAUACUGUGUUGUGUUAGUUCUAGUGGUUUCAUGUUCUUGUUUAGUCAUUUCUGUACUAGUGUUCUAGAAGAUUCUUUCUAGUAUUGUUUUUGUAUAAAUAGCCUGUGUAUUUUGUAUGUAUCAGAGUUCUGAUUUAAUGAAUUAUUGAAGUUAUCUCACUGGUGACGAGGAUUGUGGAUCAAGUAGCCUACAGCAAUGGCAGCCACACACUAUGGAACUCUCAACAAUUACAGACCAGACCAAGAGUCUAUCAAGACCUACCUGGAUCAGGUAGACCUCUACUUCACGGCGAAUACAGUCCCUGAUGAUAAGCAAGUACCUAUUCUCCUCAGCUCCAUUGGUGCAACGACCUACAGUCUUCUAUGUGACUUGCUUGCACCUGAGGCUCCCAAAUCGAAGACAAAGGGAGAAUUAUUUGCUGCACUACAGAAGCAUUACGAACCGACACGAGCGGUGAUUGCAGAACGUUUUCAUUUUCAAAAAAGUGAUCAAGUCCCUGACGAAUCUUUAGCAGAAUACGAUGCAGUUCUACGCAAGCUGGCAACACACUGCAAUUUUGGGGCGUAUCUCACUGAAGCCCUACGUGACCGUGACCGUUUCGUUGCAGGACUCCGAAGCGAAGCAAUGCAAAGAAGACUAUUAGCCGAAACAGAACUUACUUUGAAGAGAGCAAUGGAAAUCGCACAGGGAAUGGAAGCAGCAGAGAGCAACACCAGAGCGCUCAAGGCCAGCAACCCCUCCAUCAAGAGCAUACAAAGCAAAAGGAGACUGCAGCCAAACCAACCUUGUUACCGCUGUGGAAAGUCGAAUCACUCUGCAGCUGAUUGCCGUUUCAAGGAUGCGGAGUGUCACUCAUGUGGAAAGCAGGGACACAUAGCACCAGCCUGCCGCUCCAACCCACCCUCUCAGUUCAAGAAGACAGAGAAGAGAAGGUUCAAAACUCACUUAGUGGAACCAGAUGGGAACAGCUCGACCGACUCAGAAGCUGACACUUACCACCUAUACCAAUUGACCGAGCCUUCUACACAGCCGAUCACAGUUACAGUCAAGAUCUCCACUCAAGAUGGAAAUCGAUACCGGAGCUGCAAUAUCUAUUAUCUCUGA